AGCGGCGUCGUUGCUACUGGCGUCUUUUUUCAGGUUUUUACUCUCCCCGCGCCCGACUUGGAGAUGUCUGGCCGAGGCAAGCAGGGCGGCAAGGCGCGUGCCAAGGCCAAGUCUCGCUCUUCGCGGGCCGGCCUGCAGUUCCCGGUGGGCCGCGUGCACCGCCUGCUCCGCAAGGGCAACUAUUCGGAGCGGGUUGGGGCGGGCGCGCCCGUGUACCUGGCGGCCGUGCUCGAGUACCUGACGGCCGAGAUCCUGGAGCUGGCGGGCAACGCGGCGCGCGACAACAAGAAGACGCGCAUCAUCCCGCGCCACCUGCAGCUGGCCAUCCGCAACGACGAGGAGCUCAACAAGCUGCUGGGCCGCGUCACCAUCGCGCAGGGCGGCGUGCUGCCCAACAUCCAGGCCGUGCUGCUCCCCAAGAAGACCGAGAGCCACCACAAGGCCAAGGGCAAGUGAGGCCGCGGAGGCGGGCCGAUAACGGCCGCGCGCCCCAGGGGCCCCGUGACACCAAAGGCUCUUUUCAGAGCCACCCCCAGCCUCAAGAAAAGAGCCGCACUGAGCACAAUUCCGUUCCUUGUCUUAAGGCUGCGACC